AUGCUGGGAUUACGCUUGACUAACUACCUACAAAGGACAUCGGCACCUUGGAAGGUGGACUGGAAAGUGAACCAAAAGUGGCUUAAAGGGAAUCGAAGCCCGGAUUACGCAAAGGAUGAAUACCUGAAAAAGCCUGUUCUCUGGAAUGUCACAACUGAUGGUCCACAAGAUGUUCCGCUCUAUAAAGAGCGGUUUUGUGAGUUACUACUGCUUGGAAUCGUCACGAUAGCUGGAUACAGCAAGAGUGUAACUGUUUAUAGAAUUCGAAAAUAUCUUGGAAGUGUCAUUGAAGGUGGGACGGUCAAAGAUUAUAGCACGUUAAAGAAACAUUCAUUAACUACUGGCACAGGAAAGCAUAUAUCUGCCUUAGUAUCUCAGAUAUAUAGGCAUAAAAGUGCAGGGAUAUAUCCUAAAGAGUAUUUGCUAUUUUGCUCUUUUUCUAAUACAGUUUCAGCCGUUUUAGGGGAGGAAGAACAGUCGAAUCACAACGAGUACUUCUAA